AUGACCACUCCAGCGGGAUCGGGCAUGGGCUUCGGCACCGUGUCCUGGUGGGGCCUGUCCCCGGCGCUGGACCUGCAAGCUGAAAGUCCGCCUGUGGACCGAGACUUCCGCGCUGAUACAGAGCACUACACCCCCGAGCUAGAUGUGCUGCUUCUGGGCUCUGUGGACGGGCGGCACCUGCUGCGGACACUGGCCCGGGCAGAGCUCUGGCCUUCCAGAAGGAUCAACUUCUAUGUGCUGGAGAACAAUCUGGAAGCCGUGGCCCGACAUAUACUUAUCUUCUGCCUGGCCCUGGAAGAAACUGAGAAGAUGGGGCUGCAAGAGAGGACCGAGACCUUCCUGGAGGUGUGGGGGAACGCGCUCCUGCGCGCGCCGGUGGCCGCCUUCGUGCGCGCCCAGGCCGCGCGCCUGGGUUACCUGGUCCCGGAGCCCGACCGCCUGGCGGAGCAGAUGCCCUGGCUCGGCCUGGGCGCCCUCAAGUUCCGCGAGCGCGACGCCCUGGAGGCGGUGUUCCGCUUCUGGGCCGGCGGGGAGAAGGGACCCGAGGCCUUCCCCAUGGGCCGCCUCUGGGACUCCCGACUGCGCCACUACCUGGGGUCCCGCUAUGACUCCCGGCGCGGCGUCAGCGACUGGGACCUGCACAUGAAACUGCAUGAGCGCGGGGCCCGAGUCAUCCACACCCGUGAGUACCGUCACUGGAGGGACACAGGUGUCGCCUUUGAACUCAGAGACUCUGGCGCCUAUCUUAUGCCCAACCGGACCCUGGCAUCUGGCCACCUCGUGAGCUAUCGGGGGGAGCGCGUUGCCGCGCGCGGGUAUUGGGGGGACAUUGUCACAGGGCCCUUCGUGGCCUUUGGCAUCGAAGCAGACGACCAGAGCCUCCUGCAGACCAGCAAUGGGCAGCCGGUAAAGACUGCAGGUGAGAUAACCCAACACAACGUGAUGGAGCUGUUUCGCGCUGUGAGCGCUCGGGAGCACCCAAGAGCUACCCAGGGGGACCCUGAGCAGGAGUGUGGAGCAGGGGACCCUGGCCCAGCCUGCCCCCCAGAGCCCUUCACUGUUCAUUUCCUGCCCCUGGGUUCAGCUCAGUCCCUCCAUCUCAAGACCUGCUACAGGAGCCGCUUCCAACUUCUCUACGUGGCCUGUGGGAUGGUCCACCUUCUCACCCCUGAGCUCGGGGUCUGCGUGGCCCCUGGAGGACAUCUGGUUGUGGAAUUAGCCCAAUACUUGGUGGACCUGCGGCAGGAGCAACUGAGGGCAUUCUCUGCCCGGGUCACGGAGCUGGCUGAGGCAGCUGGGUUCACCGCACAGCCUGGCACCACGCCCUCGGAGACCUUCGCCCGUUUCUACAAGACUGGGGGCUCAGCUUUGGACGGAAUUUACCAGGAUCCACCCUCAGAUGCCCUAGCCCCACCCACUGAAACUCUGGCCCCGCCACCAGCAGUCCUGGUUCCACCCCCAGAAGUUCUGGCCCCACCCCCGGAAGUCCUGGUCCCACCCCCAGAAGCUCUGGCCCCAUCCCCAGAAGUCCUGGUCCCAGCCCCAGAAGCUCUGGCCCCACCCCCAGAAGUCCUGGUCCCACUCCCAGAAGCUCUGGCCCCAUCCCCGGAACCCUGA